GCCCCUACGCCUUUCAAAUAUACAUAGAGAGUGGUCUCUAAAAGCUACAAUUACAUACAUUAUCCACAUUACCAAAUAAUAUUGAUUAGAUUCUCCUCUCUCUUUCUCUAUCUGUUUCAUUUCAUUGAUAUCUGAAUUCCUUCAAAACCGAGAAACUAUGGGGUUGAGAGACAUUAGUGCUUCUCUGCCUCCUGGGUUUCGGUUUUAUCCGAGUGAUGAGGAAUUGGUGUGUCACUACCUUUACAAAAAGGUUACAAAUGAACACGUUCUGAAGGGUACUUUGGUGGAAAUUGACUUGCACAUAUGUGAACCAUGGCAACUUCCUGAGGUGGCUAAGCUGAAUGGGAAUGAGUGGUACUUCUUUAGCUUCCGUGAUCGGAAAUAUGCGACUGGGUUUAGAGCCAACAGGGCCACCGCAUCUGGAUAUUGGAAAGCGACGGGGAAGGAUCGGACGGUGAUAGAUUCAGUGACAAGGGAGGUUGUAGGGAUGAGGAAGACACUGGUGUUCUACAGGAACAGAGCUCCAAAUGGCAUCAAAACUGGAUGGAUCAUGCAUGAGUUCCGACUUGAGGCCCCACACAUGCCUCCUAAGGAGGACUGGGUCUUAUGCAGAGUCUUCCACAAAAGCAAAGAAGAUAACAGUUCCAAAUUCAGCACACAACAACUCAUGAUGUAUAAUGAGACAACAUCACCACCUCCACCCCUAACUUUGUCUUCAUCAUCUCCAUUAAUCAACCAAACAAUGCCUGCCAUUGGUGGGUAUAACAGACUUCCCUCGUUCUCUUCCUCCACGCCAACCCUUCAUAAUCACUUCAACUUAAACACUUCUUCCCUCAACCUUCUUCCAUUUUCACAAGAAACAAACAAUAGCACUGUUACAACUCAACUCAGUUCCAAAGCUGAUGAUGGAUAUGGAUUCUUAUGGGACAUGGAUAUGGAAGAAAAUAAUAGCUUUGAAGAUGGCGUGGCUUCAAACUUGGACGCUAUAAGAUUCGAGGUUGAUAACAAUAACAAUGUGGUCUUGAUAUAAAAUAUAUUGUAUUGUUGGCAUGUGUACAUACAUAUAGUAUAUAUACGGUUCAUAUCUUGUAAAUGGUCGAAUUUGUAUGAUGUUACGUCUUAUGGUGUUUCGCUUUGAGGGGCAAGGUCACAUGCUAGAUUUAUUCAUUGGUCCAGUGUUGUGUUGUAUUAUUGGAGUAUAGUACGUAGGGUAAUAGUGUGUAUUUGGCUUUUCGCGUGAUAAUAUUAUUUACUACAUUUUCGGGGUGCGCCCUUAAUAAUAUUCCUUUUGUAUACAAUUUGUCCA